AUGCAGUCUGUGGGUGCCGAAACGACGGCCCUCGAGGCGGAGAACCAUCUGUUGGGCGCAGCGGUGGAGAACCUGGAGGCCCAGCUGAAGCAGGCCGGCGGCUGGGCGGUGGCGGCGGCCAGGAGAGCGGCGACGGCAGAGAUCAAGCUGCACUCGAAACCGGCCGCUGGCAGCGAUGGGCUUGCAGCCCAGGUGGAGAUUGAGCUUCAGCGGCUGCGCCGCAAGUCCGCCAGCGACAGGAUCCUGCUGUCGCAGGCGGAGCGCAGGCGCCAGGCGGCCGGGCAGGAGCUUGCGGCGGCGCGGCAGCAGGCGGCCCAGCUGUCCCAGCAGAACGCAGAGCUGCAGGCGAGCCUGCUGGCUGCGCAGCGCCAGCUGCACCAGCUGGACUCGCUGCAGGACUUUGCGGGCGCCUCUGAGGAGCAGCGGCGGCGGGAGCAGCAGCUGGCUGCCGACCUGGAGCAUGCCGCCACCCAGGUGCGCAUGCUGGAGGGGCGGUGUGCUGGGCUGGAGGCGGAGCUGGGGCACACCGCCGCCGCGCUGCGUGCGGCGCAGCAGCUUGCAGACGCAUGCAGCGAGGGGGCGCAGCCGUCGCCCCAGCGGCAGGGGCGGCCGCCGCUUCAGCAGCAGCAGCAGCAGGAGCAGCAGGAGCGGGCAGCCAGCCUGAGCCUGUCGGACCUGUGUGACCUGGACGGCCUGCUCAGCCAGGCUGAUGGCAUUGACACCAGCCCCCAGCGCAGCUGCGGCGAUGCCAUGCCCUCCAGGCAGCAGGCGCUGAUGCAGCAGCAGCGGCGGCGGCAAGGGCAGCAGCGCCAGCAGCAUGAGUCUGGGGUGGAGACUGCUGGCGAGGAGGGCGAGGUGCCCGGGCUGCCGCCCAGCCUGCAGCACCAGCUGACGGAGCAGCAGCGGCAGCUGGCGACGCUGCAGGCGCAGCUCCAGCAGCAGCAGCAGCAGCAGCAGCCUGCGGGCCAGCCAGCCUGCGACGACGACCAGGCCUGGCAGCGCGCCCGGCAGCUGCAGGCUGAGGUGGACAAGGUGAAGCGGCGCAACACCCAGCUGCAGACGGCGCUGGCUGAGGCCAGCCUGCAGGCGGCGCGGGCGGCGGCCGCCACCCACAAGCAGCUCGCGGCGGCGCAGGAGGAGGCUGCGCGGCUGCGGCGGCAGCUCGAGGAGGCCGAGGCGCGGCUGGCCGGCCUACGUGGGACGGCGGCCGCCUUUGCGGCAGCAGGCGACGGCGGCGACGGCGAGGGGGAGAGCGGCGCCGCGCGGCUGCAGCUGGUGCAUGCAGAGCUGCUGGAGUGUGCGGCACGCUGCAACGCCGCACUGGAGCAGAAUGCGGCCCUGCUCCAGGAGAAGCAGCAGUGGCUGCAGAAGCUGCGGGCGGCAGAGGCGGAGGCUGAGCGGUGCCGGACAGAGGCGCAGGCGCUGCGCCUGCAGCUGCUGCACCUCCUGCCCAGCACCGGCGCCGGGCCGGCAGCGGCGCAGCAGCAGGAGGAGCAGCGGGAGCAGCUGGUGCAGCAGCUGCUGGAUGGGCAGGCGGCCGAGGCGGCCAUGCGGGAGGUUCUGGCGGAGGCGCGGGAGGAGCAGGUGGCGGCCUGCAAGGCGCUGGCUGCUGAGCUGCGGCGCGUGCACGCCCUGGAGCGCCUGAGAAUCGGUGACGUGGCAGAGCAGCAGCGUCUGCAGCGCCGGGUGCAACACCUGCAGCGCGAGUGCCAGCAGCUGGCGGUGGCGCUGGUGGCAGCGCAGCAGCAGCAGCAACAGCAGCAGGGUGCCGGCGAGGCGGGGGGGUCCAAGCCGCAGGCGGGUGCCGACUUUCGCAUCGCUGCUUUCCGUAUUGCCGCCCCAGAGGAGGGCGUGCCAGUGCAGUCAUGA